CUUUGAUGAAGCCGAAAAGAAGGUGGAGAGGAAAUCCUGAGUUGUCGGAAAUUCAGAGAGGCAGCCUCAUGUUCUGUUUGUGAAAAACUGACGAGUGGUUAGGUCAAGAGAAGAUUCUGAAAUGUUUGGGAGCAUCUGAUAUCAAAUGAAGGAAACUCUGAAUUACAAAGAGAAGAAAAUGGAAAAUCAAGGCAGUUUUGUGGAAGGGUAGCUUUACAAUAUUUACAUAGAAUAUUUCAAUAUACGACAAUAUUGCACAAAAGGGACCUAUAGAAGCUGGCGUGAACGCUGGGAUUAAUGAGGUGGGUGGAGCAGGGAGCUCUGGUGUGGCUCAGAUGAGGCUUUUAGUCCGGGCAGAGCGGGGAGAUAUGCAAAUACUGUGGUUACAGAGAGCUGAGUGGCCCGGGGAACCAACACCGUUGCUGAGCUCUCAGAGGUGGGUUUGGAAAGGCAUUUACUCAGAGCAUUGCCCAGAAGUGAGCUGGGCUCCCAGAAGCGCUGUAAUUUCUUUAGAUCAUCUGAUAGCAGUCUCUGAUGUUUACCAGCGUCAGGGAGAUCAGGCCAUUGUGAAUUUUUUUUUUUUUUUUUUUUUUUUUUUUUUCUGUAAUAAAACUAGCCCCAGCCAGCCAGACUGGGAAUUUACUGCCUGAGCUGUUUUCCAACAUGGUUUUGCUGGCAAAACCAGACAAGAGUGUUUCCUUGACUCUCAAGGGGCCUGUUUACACUGACUUUAUUUUUACUGCCAGCUUUCAAGCAGGAAGAGGUAAAUUAUGUUUAAAGUUCAGCAGGUGAGGAGAAGGGUCCCUGGUCCUGCCCUUUCUGGAUAUGCCUGUGUGUGUGUGCAUGUGUGUGUGUGUGUGUGCGCGCUUUUCCACAUGCAAAUUAUUGUGCCCUGAUUUGGUUGAUGAGACCUGGACCUGCUUGUUUUCAGGCAGAAUGACGAGUGCCUGACUGGUUGUUUGGCAGUUCCCUAUUUGUUUAUGGUAAAGAAGGUAAAUCAAUCUGCGGGAUUUUCUGGAUUGGAGGGCAAGGAAUAUUUACUGUCAACAGGAUAAGAACAAGGAGAUAUAAGAUACUGGGCUCCAGGAUGCAUCUAGCAUUAAGACAAGAGCUUAAAAAGGUGGAGAAGAAGCCAACUACAGAGCGUUUCUAUCUCAAAUGGAGCUUUUAAAUAUUUGAAUGGGAAAUACAACUUGGAAUAUUGCCCUUCGGUCAAAGCACCCGACAAUAGAGCUUAAUCGAGUCCUAUUAGGUUGGACUCCAAUUCAGUUUCAAUUCCAUCAACUCUCCUUUUUAAAUUCCUUUUUUAAAAAAAAAUUUCCUGAAAGAUGACAGUUGGAUGCUCCCGAUUUGGAAAUGAGAGCUGGAGGGAAGAAUUGGAAAGACCAGUCUCUGGUCCAUGUAUACAUCCUCAAAGAAAUUUAGCACCGAGACUAACGUUCUUGGGAAACCAACCUGCAAGUACUGUCCUCCACUGACGGACAAACCAAGACGUUGCUGCUCCACUGGGGACUGACCAAGAAGUCAUGAAAUCCCCAACUGCAGGAGACUUGGAAGAAUGCCUCCUGAAUAAGGUGGGCUUGAGGCGCCAGCGGAUCUCCCAGAUUGUGGAGGAAGUGCAGAGGGUUGUCCACCAUCUGACCACAGAAAUCAGCCACCAAGACAUUCGAUUCCAGGCCGUGCCUUAUUCUGACACAUACAAUGGGAACAUUAAGGUGUUGGCCCCCAGCCAGUUCCUCGUCACUGUCCCAGUGAAGGGCCUGGCUGGGUACAGGGAGGCCAGGGAGCAGCGCUGGCGGUACUACACCCUGCAGGGCACCAGGCUUUCCUGCCCCUUGCAGGACCCGGAGGGCCUGCAGCAGUGGCUGGAGGUGGAGCAGUUUAUGAAGAGCCUGUGGCAGUGGCACAAGGCAGAUGUGAACAUAGAGGGGGAUAUCGUGCCUGCCAAGGUCCUCCAGGUGUUCCGGAAGCUGGUAGAAAAUGCAAUUGGAACCUGUCAUCUCUCAGGUAAGGUCAGCAUGCUCCCACACCACGCUGCAGCUGCAGUUUGGGUUGCCGUGGAAACGCCCACGUGUCAGGUGGAACUAGAGCUGGUCCCCGCAGUGGAGAUCCCCACGGCCUGGUCUGAGAAAGCUCGGUGGCCUCCCUGUCUGAAGCGCUGGCCUUCCCGACAGAGAGUGGAGUGCAUCAAGUCGUUUGGGUUUGCCCUGUUGGCCUGUUCCAAUUAUCACUGGCAGCUGAGCUUCCUGCAGGCCGAGCAGGUGCUGCUGGAGCAGCUGGACGAGGACGGGGGUUGCCGCAGGAAGUGUCUUCAGGCCCUGAGGCAGGUGAAGGAGGAUGUCUGGUGUCCGGGAAAGAGGCCUGUCAUCACGUCCCACCAUCUGCAGACGGUGCUUUUUUGGACUUGCGAGAAAUAUCCCCACUUGAAGGACUGGCAGGUCUUCGGCAAAGCCUUCCUGCGCCUGGUGAGGAAGCUGCACAAGUGCGUGAGCCAGCACUUCCUGAAGCACUACUUCGUGCGAAAGAGCAAUCUUUUCCGGUCUGCCAACUGGGGCGAGCUGGAUGCCGUGGCCCAGCAGCUGGCCCUCUUCCUGAAGAACCCCCAGAUCAGCCUGCCCUGCGGCCUGGGAGGCUCUUGGACCCUUGCUCCCGGCUCGACCUCAUCCUUCCCUGUAGGAUCCUGCCCGGGAGAGAAGCAGCAUAUGGCCCAGGGCACCCUGAGCAGCAGCACUUAAGAGAGGAACACUGUCCCUCAAGAUUUCUGGGCCAGGCCUCUCUGGAGCCAAGCAGGUAUCUCAGCCCUCACGAGCUACCUCCCUCGGGGACAGCUGUCAUCAGGCUUCCCCAAGCCACCAAUUUUGAGUUGAUGACAGCACUGAACGUAUUACCUCCCACCCCCACCCCAGCUCAGGCCCUGAUCGUCUGCCGCAGAGGGUGGAGAUGGCCCGGAGGCCCGGAGCAGCGGUUCUCCAGCCCUCUGGCCACAGGCUUACCAGUGUUCCGUUUGUAAAAUGCAACCGUGAGCAUGCCUUUCCCGGAGCAGGGCUGGGAGCCUGUUAUUCUUGGUUGGUAGCUGGUGUUUGCCUCCUGGAGCGGCCAACACCACAUAAUUAAUUAAAUGAUGGCAUCUGA